CUCGGUUCCUGUAAUUCAACCAUGUCUAAGCGAUUCGUGUACAUGCGUGUAGUGGCAUUCACAACAGUGGUGUUGGUGUGUACAAUGACAUACACGGAGGUGAACCAUGUAGGACAGAACACACGUUUCCCACUGACAUUAAACCUUGGAAGACUGUUCAAGGAAGAAGUUUAUGUGCCACAAUUUCCCUGCAUCGGAGCCAUACAUGGUGAAGACGAGGAUCUCUUUUGCUUGAACAGGCCAUCACUGCUCUCAGACUACAAGAACCCGUGCUGGAAGGACCGGAACAAUACUAUCCAAUGCCUCCCGUAUUUCCAUCUCAUUGGAUCCGAUAAAUGCGGAUCUACUGAUCUGUUCAACAGAAUUACUCAUCACCCGGAUGUACAGACGUGUACAUGUACUCUUGGGAAGGAGUCCAGCUACUGGAGCUGGCGUCGCUAUGGUUUCUCUCAUAAAGAAUGA